AUAAAGAUCAAUGAGAAGAGGUACAUUGACCCUAAAGUGAAAGCUGUUGCUGCCAGAACAGUGAAACACACUCAUAUAGGCUACAAAAGAUAUUGCAGACAUGGAGCCAGGAUCAACUGUCAGUGCUGUGCGGAGCCAGAGGGUUUUGUGUGGAGAAGAAAUUCGACCUGCAGUUAUCUUAAUAAAGGAAGGAAAGAUUCAUAGCAUUCUGCCUGAUUCAGAAGCUUCAGCGCACACAGCUGGAAAGGUAUUGGAUGUGGGGAACAGUCUGGUGAUGCCAGGUAUAGUGGACUGUCAUGUUCACGUUAAUGAACCAGGUCGUACAACUUGGGAAGGGUACUGGACCGCCACAAGGGCAGCUGCUGCAGGAGGGGUGACCACUAUUGUAGACAUGCCCCUAAACAGCAUCCCACCAACUACAACUCUUGGAAACUUUCAUGAGAAGCUGCGUGCUGCUACAGGACAGUGUUUUGUAGACACAGCAUUUUGGGGAGGAGUCAUCCCUGACAACCAGCUAGAGCUAAGGCCGAUGGUCCAGGCGGGUGUGGCUGGAUUUAAGUGCUUUCUGAUCCACAGUGGAGUGGAUGAGUUUCCUCAUGUGAGUGACGCUGAUCUACAUGCAGCUAUGAAACAGCUCCAGGGCACAGACAGCGUUCUGCUGUUUCAUGCAGAGCGAGAAGUCCAGCAUCCAGCCGCUGAGAAGGGCGAUCCACAUGAAUAUUCAACCUUCCUAAGGUCUAGACCUGACAUUAUGGAGCUUAAGGCCAUCCGUACCGUCACUCAGCUCUGCUUACAGUAUCAAGUGCGAUGCCACAUUGUGCACCUGUCAUCAGCCCAGCCUCUGGAGCUCAUUAGGGCAGCAAGACAGGCUGGAGCUCCGCUGACUGUGGAGACCACCCAUCACUACCUCAACCUGACAGCAGAGAACAUCCCAGCACGGGCCACUCAAUUCAAAUGCUGCCCACCGAUACGAGACACAGCCAACCAGGAGCUCUUGUGGUCUGCACUCAAAGCUGGUGAGAUUGAUAUGGUUGUGUCAGAUCAUUCACCGUGCACACCUGACCUGAAGUGUUUGGACAGAGGCGAUUUCACACAGGCGUGGGGAGGGAUCUCUUCUCUGCAGUUUGGUCUAUCUUUGUUCUGGACGUCAGCUUCUAAAAGAGGAUUUUCAUUUUCUGAUGCAGCAAGACUCUUGUGUAAAGAGCCUGCUCAACUCUGUCGUCUUGACAACCAAAAAGGGAGUCUCAUUCCAGGUCACGAUGCAGACUUAGUCAUUUGGGACCCAGAAAAAGAGUUUACGGUGAAAGAAGAUGACAUACAUCACAAAAACAAGUUGACUCCAUACAUUGGCCUUGCUCUGCGAGGGAAGGUGAAGGGCACUAUAGUCCGAGGGAGGGUGGUUUACAGUCAUGGCUCUUUCAGCUCUCAGCCUCUAGGGAAGCAUCUCUUUAUUAAGCACAAGACACCGGCACCACUGUAAACAAAGCACAAGAAGCACAUUCCAUAUCUCGCCCUAUAGUCAUCACUGUCAGGAACUGCUAUGGCAACAAUGCUACUAUAUGGCAUAUAAUUAUAGUUAAUUUGUUUUUAAUUGGCUUUUUUUUUUAUUAAUUAUUGUGAAUGUUUGAAGUAUAUUCAAAAAUGCUUUGGUUAACACUUUACACAAACAUUUCAAACAAACAUUAUUAAUAAUAAUAAUAAUAAUACAUUUCAUAAUUAAUCCAACAUUUCAUCUUAAAGGGAUAGUUCACCAAAAAAUUAAAAUUCUGUCUUAAUUUACUCUCCCUC